GUGAAGUUUGUUUGUUAUUUUUGUGUGUUUAGGGAUUCGUUUUAUCAACUGUUCAUUGCAGCUACAAUUCAGCAACAGUUGUUGAUUUCAGCCCGGAGUGCUCCGUGUUUGGGCGCAAGCAAUACGUUUGGCAACGGUUCACUUUUUGACCUCGCUUGCGGCGCGUAUUAGUUUCUGUAUGAUUUUUAUCUUUACCUGGGAGGUGUUUUUUAAAGUUAUUGGUUUUGCUACAAUUAUACACUACAUUGCUACAUUGGUUUUGCUACAAUUAUACACCAUGAAAUCACCGCUACCAGUACCGGAGUUCAACGAUGACUGCUUCUUCACCUUCAAGCAGGCCGGCCGCAAACCAUUUGCUUCGCACAUGCGACGGCCACCGAAACUGCUGCACCAAAGCUUUAGUCGCAGCUUAAACGCGUCCACUGCCAAAGCCAUCUCGUUUCGGGAGGAUAACCCACGGUAUCUCAGCACACUCUACAAUCGCAGCAGGUCGGAAACGUAUUACGAACAGUGCUUCGAGCAGUUGUCCAAAGUAGGCGAGGGAUCGUACGGUGAAGUGUUCAAGGUGCGCUCUCGCACCGACGGCAAGCUGUACGCGGUGAAGCGUUGCCGUGGUGACCGGUGCCGGGGUGAGCGCUUUCGGCAGUCGUGCUACGAAGAGGUACGCCGUUACGAGCAGUUUUCGGAUCACGAAAAUUGCGUCAAGCUGCACCUGGCCUGGGAGCAGGACGAGCGGUUGUACAUGCAAAUGGAGCUGUGCAAAGGAAGCCUCGAGAACGACGCCUGGCAGCCGAUGCCGGCCAAGCGCAUCUGGUCGAUCCUGGUCGAUCUGUUGCUGGCACUCAAGAGCCUCCACGAUCGCAACCUGAUCCAUCUCGAUAUCAAACUGGCCAACAUACUCGUUACUGACGACGGUACUUGCAAGCUGGCCGAUUUUGGGCUCGUGUUCGACCUCAGCAAGGGCAACGUUUACAACGCGACGGAAGGUGACUCACGCUACAUAGCACCAGAGCUGAUGGAGGGUCGCUACUCGAAGGCGGCGGACAUUUUCAGCCUCGGAUUGGUGACCCUUGAGUUGGCCUGCAAUUUAGAGCUACCGAUGGCGGGGCGCCUCUGGCAGCGGCUGCGCAGUGGCCAACCCUUGCCAGACGACCUGACGAGAAGGAUGUCCCCAACCCUGCGCGAGAUCGUGCAACGGAUGCUGAUGGCGCGGCCAGAAGAUCGGCCUACGGUCGACGGACUGCUACUGCAUCCUGUCAUCCAGAAGCUACGCGAAAGUCGUCACCGCUCGCGAUCGUCCCGUGGCAUUAGGGCGUUUCUACAGAAAUGGAGCGCCUCCUACCUGCGCAAUAAGCUGCUCUGUUUGGGGCGGUUCGUUGUGAGUGCGGUCAUCUGGAUGUUAGACUGUUUCCGGUUGCAGCAUCGAAAGCUGCCAUCGGAAGACGACGGUGGUGAAUCGAAAUCAAGCAAGUGUUGGGACACAAACAACCUUUCUGCAGCUGCCAUUAGCCCUGGUACCCAGAAAGGCAUCAGUUUCGGUGCUUCGCUGUCGUUCGAGGAGCAAAGCAACGGCCGGAUGCCAGAGGAUUCGUUUUUCGAAACAAGCGCCACCGCCGAUGACGAUGGUUCUGAGAGGAGGCUCACCGAUAAAGAGAGCGUACAAAGCACACCGACCUUAAACAACUCGGUGCCGACACACACACCGCCAAUCCGGAUGGUUAAUUCGACUCCAUUGAGCCACUACGAUUGGCGCCGGGUGCAGAAUAGUCUGUUGCAACAGUUUCAUCUACAGAACCAACCGGAAACACCGCAAACUAGCCGGGAUGUGCCUUGCUCACCGUUGCGUGAUCUAUGGUUCGGAGAAGAGGAUGAAGAUCUGCCACUGAUGCAAGGAUCACGAUCUCGCGAAUACCCUGUCACGUCGUCCACCCCGCUACAUGGUCGUGCGGUAGCGAAACGGCUCAACGACAGUGACGGAGACAUACGGCCGCUUAGUGGAUCGCUACCGAAGCCCGCGGAUGGCGAGCAACAACCGUACUCCCUUGCCGGGUUCGUUACGGCAACACCAAACUGUUCCUUUCAGAUGCUCUCUGGUAUUGGUAUUGGUGGCCGUGGUAAUGAUAGCAGCCCGGCCGCCACUACAUUCAACUGUGAUUCGGUGUCGUCUGGCUUUGCGUCGUUACCCAGUAAGAAAAGAUUGCACUUUGAUCUCGAUGAGGACUCGGAUUCGGAUUAGGAGCAUAGAAAACGUGUUAUGUAGCUGAGCAACACCCUGCGCAGAAUUUGCGUCGUGCUUCCAACAUGAUUCAUUGGGCACAAAAUAGAUGUGGAGCUGCCACGGGAGCAAAAAGAUGUAAACACUAAACAUUGUGAUAGUUUUAUGUCAAGCGUUACUAACAUCAACUAUUUACACAACCCGCUGCUCGUUGGCGUGCACACAGUAGGCAGUGACUCCUUAGGCACUUCCGAAUCGCAUUAAGAUUAACCGGAUUAAUCGUUCGCACAAGCGCUCGGCUAAAGUAUAAACAACAUUUGGUUCCUGCCACUAGCAAAAAGCUAAUUUUACGCUUCCUUUAGUAAGUCUUCUUCGCAAAAGAAGAGCAGCACGUGCUAAACGUUAGCAUACACAAAAUGUGUACAAGAAUACGCUUGUAUUGGAUAUAUGGGAGAGUAGCUAUAGGUAUCGGCUGAGUAUUUGGUGAACGGUUCUACAAGAAUUUAGUAUACGAGUACAAGAGUGCACUUGUAUAACUUUUGAUAUGGAGGAGAGAUAUGCGGUGUCUCCGAAGAAACCAGUGCCCACAUCGAACGAGUAAAGGGGUAAAGUAGCUUAACUUUAAAAGUGGCAUCCUUUGUGUUAAUAGGAAAACGGCCAGUUCGGUUUCGAUGCAAUUAGCUUUCCGGAAAAAAUAGCUUCGGAAUUACAUUUUAUAUGACAUCCACAACCGCAACCAGUCACUAAAAUAGGUAACAUACAGGGGGGUAGUAUUUUUGUAAAGAAAAAAAUGAUAAACUGAAACGCCUAAAGUUUAUAACAAUUCAAAAAAUUAUGUUACACAAUGUAUUUAAAAAUAAAUUCUUCAUCU